UCCCCUCCGCGUGCUGCGCCCGGUCUCGCGCCCCCCCUGUGGCCCUCGCGUUUUCCUCCGCUCCGGCGCCGCCGCCGCCGCCCCGGGAAGAUGAAAGAAACGAUCAUGAACCAAGAGAAGCUCGCCAAGCUGCAGGCCCAAGUGCGCAUCGGUGGCAAGGGUACUGCCCGCAGAAAGAAGAAGGUUGUCCACAGAACAGCUACAGCAGAUGAUAAGAAACUUCAGUUUUCGUUGAAGAAGCUGGGAGUCAACAAUAUUUCUGGAAUUGAAGAGGUAAACAUGUUUACCAACCAAGGAACAGUCAUUCACUUCAAUAACCCUAAAGUUCAGGCAUCUCUGGCUGCUAACACUUUCACUAUCACUGGCCAUGCUGAGACAAAGCAGCUGACAGAAAUGCUUCCUAGCAUCUUAAACCAGCUGGGAGCUGACAGUCUGACCAGCCUGAGGAGAUUGGCAGAAGCCCUACCCAAGCAAUCUGUGGAUGGAAAAGCACCACUUGCUACUGGUGAAGAUGAUGAUGAUGAAGUUCCAGAUCUUGUUGAAAACUUCGAUGAAGCUUCAAAGAAUGAGGCAAACUGAAAUAAGUGUCACUUUCUGAAUAAAGUUAAAACUUGAGAAAGCUACACGGAGCUGCUAUUUUGUAUUGUGACUGCUUUGAUUUUAUUUCCUGAUGAGAUCUCAAGAUCUGUGGUAUUUGGAAACUCCUUGAACCUGCAGCUCUUUAGUUACUGCUUGUACACAAUUUUAUUUUUGUGGCCUGAUUGAACGAACCUAUGCUUUGAAAUAAGUCAUAUUGCUAACAAAUCUCUGCCUAGGCAUAAUUUUUGAGUAACUUGUAUACAAGCAAAACCCCAUCUUUAAUGAACUUUGACAUACAAUAAAAAUAUAAAAGAAA